AUGGCUCUUCAGUAUCAGAGAGACAGCUUUGCAACAGCCAUGGCUGCUCAUGAAGACAUAUUCAGAGGUGAUCCAGAGAAAGUGCAGAAAUGGAAAUCUGCUUUGUCUGAAGCAGCUUCUCUGUCGACGGCCUGGAUUUUUGAAGACAGGAACGAAUUUGAGUUUAUGGAAAGGAUUGUUAAAGAUGCAUAUGCUAUGUUGCCACCUAAACAAUUACAUCACAUCGGGUACAUGGUUGGACUUGAGCCUCGUGUGGAAGAAGUGAUUUCACUUUUAAAUCAAUCCAAUGAUAGAGUGCAUGUUUUUUGUUUGAUGUCAAAGAAAGCACCAAAGAAAUACCAGGGCAUCGUUCGCCUCCAACAGAAACUUCUAUCAGAGAUUCUUGGGGAGAAAAUUAUGGUGAUUGGGAGUGUUGAUAAAGGAAUGUCAAGAAUAAAACAUCGGUUUUGUCAUAAAAAGGUUCUUUUGGUUCUUGAUGAUGUUGACGAGGCUGAACAGUUAGAACAACUUGCGGGAGGGUGUGACUGGUUUGGUUUUGGAAGCAAAGUUAUUAUAACAAGAAAUAAGCAAAUGCUAGUUGCACACAAUGUUGAAAAAACAUAUGAAAUGAUGAAGCUGAAUCAGUAUGACUCUUGUGAGCUCUUUUGUUGGCAUGCCUUCCAUGAGAACCAACCUCCAAUAGCCUAUCAAGAUAUGUCUAGUCGUGCAAUAAGUUAUGCACAAGGCCUUCCUCUGGCAUUAAAAGUAAUAGGCUCCAAGUUGGCAAAUGAAAAUUUAGAGGAAUGGAAGUCUAUAUUGGAACAAUAUGAAAGAAUCCCUGAAAGAACAAUUCAUGAGAUUCUAAAGAUGAGCUAUGAUUGCUUACAAGCGGGUGCUAAGCGUAUUUUCCUAGAUAUUGCUUGUUUUAUUAACAAGGAGAUGAUGAGAUCUAUUAAUGAAAUAGUAGAAGCUUGUGAUUUUGGCGCUAGGUUUUAUUUUGAACUUCUUGUCGAUAAAUCUCUGAUAACUUCAGUUGCUGGUGAAGAUUAUUUUUUCAUGCAUGAGCUAAUACGACAAAUGGGAAGAGAAAUCGUGAGACAAGAGGCACAUUUAAUCCUGAAAAACGCAGCAGACUAUGGUAUUAUGAAGACGUUCUUAAAGUAUUGCGGAUGCAAUAAUAUUGAAGGAAUAAGGCUUGAUCCUCCUCAGCAAGAAAAAGUAAAGUGGAGUGGUAUGGCUUUUGAGAAGAUGAAUAAUCUUAGAAUUCUUGUCGUUCGAAAUAUCCAAUUUUCAACUGGCCCUACCUAUCUUCCCAAUAAUUUAAGGUGGCUUGAAUGGAAGGGAUAUCCUUUUGCAGCUUUGCCAAAAGAUUUUUCUCCUUCAGAACUAAUUUUCUUGAAGUUACCUGAAAGUUCUUUUAGACUAAAAGAAGCACUGAAUAUUUUGACUAGCUAUGUGACAUAUUUGGAUUUUUCAUUUUGUCAAUUCAUAACUGAAGUACCUGAUAUGGCUCAAUAUCAAUGUUUACGAAUAUUGGAUUUGCAACGCUGUCACAAUCUGAUAAAAAUCCAUGAUUCAUUGGGAUCCCUCUCUAAGCUGAUCGAAUUAAAUGUUAGUGAAUGCACCAAACUUUCCAUUUUUCCACGUGAAAUCAAGAUGGCAUCACUUGAAUGGCUUAGUUUUAGCGGAUGCAGGAGUCUUGAGUACUUCCCACAUGUGGCGGGAAAGAUGGAUGCACUAGACUACAUUUCAAUAGAUGGCACUGCUAUUAAGGAGCUCCCACCUUCAAUUGAAAAUCUUUCGGGGCUUCGAUGGUUAUACGCGCGCUCCUGCAGUAGUCUUAGAGAACUUCCAACCAGCUUAUUCAUGUUGCCAAAUCUUGAGGAGCUUGAUUACGGAGAGGUUCAUCCGCGUAACAGAAAAUCUUGGAUGAAGUUAAAGCAAGAUAGCCAACCAAUUACCAGCAACUGUUCUAUGAAGAGUUUGUCUCUCAAGAAUUGUGGUCUAUUGGAUGAAGAACUUCACCUAAUUCUGAAUUGUUUUCGAAAUUUACGAGAGAUAUAUGUAUCAUUGAAUGACUUUGUGUCUCUCCCUAAGUGCAUUAAAGAUUGUGCCGAACUGCGGCUAGCUGUGAGUGAAUGCAGGAGGCUAAGAGACAUGCCAGAGUUGCCAUCAAAGCUGCAUGAGAUAGAUGCAACGAAUUGCACAUCAUUAACCGCAGAAUCAUUGGACAACUUAUAUUCUCAGGCAAAAAAGGAGUUGCUUGACCUGCGAAUCCAUGUGCCAGUAACAACAUUUCCUGAUUGGUUCAACUAUUGCGGUGAAGGAGGCACGUUGUCUUUUCGCGUUCGUGGGAAUUUACCUCGUGGUAUUCUUGCAUUUGAGGUCGCAGGGAAAGCAAGCAUGAGUAAGGACCAGAUCUUCCCAUUUGUUAUGGGUAUUAAUGGUCUCCAAGCAAAAAAGGAGUUGCUUGACUUGAAAAUCAAUGUGCCAGUAACAAAAUUUCCUGAUUGGUUCAACUGUUGCUGUGAAGGAGACACGUCUUUUCGCGUUCGUGGGAAUUUACCUCGUGGUAUUGUUGCAUUUGAGGUCGCAGGGAAACCGAACAUGGGGAGGGAAUAG